ACACUUUGCUGUUCCUGAACCCGUUCUAGUGAGUGAAGCAGCGCGUGCACGUGAGGUUCUGCUCUGCUUGCGUUCUGACCCAAAGAGACAUGGUGGUGAAGAAGAAGACGUCUAAAGUCCAGGCUGUGGUUCUGGAUGAAGACAAGCUGCAGCAGCUGAUGGCAUGCCUUUCUGUAGAAGAAGGAAACGAUGGAGUCAUACAGCUUGCCCGGACCCUGCGGUCCUGUUUGGAGUUGACCGACUCAGUUCAGCAGAUCCAGUUCUUUAAAAAGGUGGCGACCCAGUUGGAGGCGUUACCUGAAGAGAAGCCCGGUUCUGUUUUAGAUGCUUGUCUGAACACUCUGGUUCUGGUUUUCACCUCGCUGCAAGCCAAGAACCCCCUGCGACGAGCUGUCUCCAGAGCACUGGGUUCUGUUCCUGAGUGGCUCCACCAUCAGACCAGAACCUGUUUGUCCACCUGUCUGUGUGACUCUAUGAGAAACUCGUCUUCCGAAGAGAAUCCACACAUGGUGGACACCAUCUCUGCCUGUAUGGAAGGGUUUCCUCUUGGUGAGAGUUGUGUUAGACAACGGCUGUUUGAAGGUUAGUGUUCACGUUUGUUUACCUACUUCAGGUCAUUUUCUGCUUCAGCCUCAUCAGA